AAGAUGGGAUCUGAGAUCUUGAUGACGGCCGCUCACGCCGCGCUCACACCUCUGGCCUGGACAGAUCCGAUCAACGCGAAUCGCUCUUCAGGCCUUUCACGCAUCGCCAGUUCCUGUUCCAAUCACCUGCAAAACGCUCCUCCUCGUGCAGCUUUUCCUCGGGCGGUGACGUAGUUCCAACCGGUAACCGCUGCUUUUCGGGGUGAUUUUGAACUACGCGCAAGCAGGGAGAAGAGGGAAUAACUUGAAAGGAGCAGUGGGGGCAGAAUUGAGAACGAGGUAAAGCGAGAGGACGAUUUCGUGGUUGCAGGGAAGAAGCGGAGGAUUACCGGCCAUUUGGGGGUGAGUGUUCUCGAGAGAUCGGAGGCACUGUAGUUGGGUUGGGGAUUGCGGAGGAGAAUCGUGACCUGAGUGGUGUGGGUUAGGUAAAGCCCUUGUCGGGCUGGAGGUAGUUGGUCAUUGUUGUUGACAGGAAGGGAGGAGAAGGAGGAGGAGGAGAAGACGAAGAAGUAGAUGGGGAAGAAGGAGAUGCUUGGGGAACGAGGACCGACUAGGUAUUACCGAAUUGCGUAUGCUGUUAUAAUUGGGAUGAUUAUGGGCUUGUUCUGGGCCUAUCUUCGACCUAAUGGUUUGAUGGGGUCUUCAGUGUCAUCGACCCGAGGCUUCGAACGCAUGCCAGUCGGUGGCUCUGUUAAGAAGCUGGACGGAGCCAUUUUAAAUUUAGAAGCAAAAGUGGCAAUGCUCGAAAGAGAGCUCGGGCGACUGGAGAAGGAAAAUGCGAAACUAAUUAAAAUAAAAAUAAGGAACGAUGUGCUACAGCAAGAGAGAAAUGCUGCAAUGAAGCAGCUGGAGGCAUUAUCACCCUCGGGCAAAGUAGGACCUGUUGGUACUGUGAAAAGUGUGCGGACGCAGCAGAAGGUGCAACCGGAUGAAUCUGUUAAUCCCAACCUCGCUGCGCUCCUGAAGAAGAUUGCUAUCAAUGAAGAGUUGAUUGUGAGCAUCUCCAACAACAAUGUCCGAGAUAUGCUCCAGAUAUGGUUUGAGAGUAUCCAACGGGUGGGUGUGACGAAUUACUUGGUGGUUGCACUAGACGAUGAGAUUGCCUCAUUUUGUAACGAGCACAAUGUGCCUGUCUACAGACGCGACGCAACGAUUUCAAAGUCACAGGCUGGAACUGGCUCUAAUCAUGCUAUCUCAGGUUUGAAGUUUCACCUUCUCCGGGAGUUUCUGGUGCUUGGCUACAGUGUGCUGCUCUCUGACGUUGACAUUGUUUUCCUCCAAAACCCCUUCAAUCAUUUGCACAGGGAUUGUGAUGUGGAGAGUAUGUCAGAUGGUUUCAAUAAUAUAACAGCCUACGGCUAUGAUGAUGUGUCGGAAGACCCUACUAUGGGCUGGUCACGGUUUGCACAUACCAUGCGGAUUUGGGUGUUCAAUUCAGGGCUCUUUUAUAUCCGACCCACGGUUCCCUCAAUCGAGUUGCUGGACCGAGUUACUGCAAGAUUAAGUAAAGAGAAGGCCUGGGAUCAAGCAGUAUUCAACGAAGAGUUAUUUAACCCUUCACAUCCUGGUUAUGAGGGGCUUCAUGCAUCUCGACGAGUCCUUGACUUUUACCUAUUUAUGAACAGCAAGGUACUGUUCAAACAUCUGCGGAAGGAGGCGAAUUUCGCUGAGUACAAACCUGUCACUAUCCAUGUGAAUUAUCACCCUGACAAAUUGGAACGUAUGCGUGCCAUUGUGGAUCACUACGUGAAGGGAAAUACAAACGCCUUGCGGCACUUUCCCGAUGGUUCUGAACGAUGAUGAACUUGACUCAGUGUCACCCACCCCACAGGUACUUUUCUGAUGUUUCACAGAAGCGGCACAGCAGAUUACUAACCAGUUCUAGCUCAUGCUCGCUACAUUUGGUCAAGCUCUGGAACUGUGAAAACGAAGUAAAUCAGUCCGUUUAUCUGCGCUUGUUGAAAAUCAGUUUGUAUCAGUUAUCCUCAGUAGGCUGAUGGUUAUCCCAUAUCAGGCUUUACUUCUCUAAUCUUGUCAAGCAGGUAGAGUCUUGUGGGAAGACGUCAUUAUGGACCUAGUGUCAUCACUAAAGAGAUGUCACACUCUUCACGUUUCUUGCUGGUGUAGGCAGGAUUUGCAAACAAGCCUGACAAUCCUACUGACUCUUAACCUGAAUUGUCCUUCCUCUUGCCUUCUGAAAAUUCUAACGGAUUGAAUAGUAACUGCUCCUUGAAAAGAAACAUGUUGGUAUCCUUAUGGUCUGUCUAUUAUGUACACUGUAAUCGAGAGUUAGAUGAUUUUGUAAGCUCUGUUUGAGUUUGUUGAGGUGUGAAUUGUCUCGAAUGAGUAGAAUAAAAUAUUAUGAUUCAAUGCAAUUCAAGGUUUUUUCUCA